AUGUCUAGAAAUUCACGUCUUGAUGAUGCUCUUGAAUUGCAGAGUAAUCUUUUAGAAACUAUUUUUAAAGAGCAAGAACUGGAUUUGUACUCAGAGAGCAACUUUUCAAUUUAUAUUAAGUAUUCUAAUACUAAUAUCAAUACUGACACUAAUACAGAUGUUGUGAUCAUUACUAAAUUAAGGAAUAUAUCGAUAU